ACACCGCUUUGUACCCAACCGGACAGUGGAGGUAGCCGAGCAGCUGCUGGCCGAGGACCGAGGGGAGGAGAGGAGAGGAGGGGACAGGACUGCGGGGUGUUGGGACAGAGAACACUGCGCACCGGCUCCGUCGCCAGGCAGCAGGACCGAAAACAAAGCUAAAGCAGAGGCAUCACACAGCUCCACAGAGGACAAAAAGAGAAAGAUCCACAUCAAGCACCAGAGGCUGACAGUGAUCUUCAACCAUCAUGCGCUGCAGAGUGAACCUCAGCACCAUGAUUUUCCUGGUGAUCCUUCAGGGGGCAGCAGUGGUGCUGUUCUGUGGCUGGUACGUCCAGCUCAGUCCCUGCGGCUCUGCCCCUACUAACGGCAAAGUUCACGUUCUGCUGCUGUCAUCGUGGCGAUCAGGCUCGUCCUUCGUGGGUCAGGUGUUCAGUCAGCACCCAUCUGUCUUCUAUCUUAUGGAGCCAGCUUGGCACGUAUGGACCAAACUGCAGAAACCAGGUGCACGAUCACUCCGGAUGGCUGUGAGGGAUCUAUUACGGAGCGUAUUCCAGUGUGACUUCUCUGUGAUGGAGGCCUACCUGCCGGAGCACCACAAUGUGUCCUCCUUGUUUAUGUGGAGUCACAGUAGAGCACUGUGCUCACCGCCGGCCUGUUCUCUCACACCACGCAACCAGUUCAGCAACCAGACUCGGUGCUUCCAGACAUGUGAUGCUAGGGGCCUGCAGAGGGUGGAGGAGGCCUGUAGUACUUACAGUCACAUAGUACUAAAAGAAGUGAGAUUCUUUGAGCUGGAAUCCCUCUACCCACUCUUGCAGGACCCAAGCCUAGAUCUCCGCAUCAUCCACCUGGUCCGAGACCCUCGGGCUGUGGUGAAGUCUAGAGAGGAGUCAGCUAAAGCCUUUGUGAGUGAUAAUGCUGUCGUCUUAGAGCAGAGAAGCAUACCAGCUGGCGAGGUGCAGUAUCAAGUCAUGCAGGAAAUCUGCCGUAGCCACGUACGCAUUAAUGAGAGGGCCAUCAUGAAGCCCCCUCCAUUUCUUAAAGGCCGCUACAAAAUGGUCCGCUAUGAGGACGUUGCACGCAACCCACUUGCGGAGAUAGCUGCCAUGUAUGAUUUUGUAGGUCUGGAGAUGACCUCACAGUUGGAAGAGUGGAUCUACAGGGUGACUCACGGGAAAGGCAAAGGGUCCAGGAAAGAGGCCUUCAAAAUCACAUCACGAAACGCCGCUGAUGUCUCGCAGGCUUGGCGUACUGUGCUGCCACACAACAAGGUCAAACGAAUUCAGGAAGUGUGUAAAGGGGCCAUGUCAUUGCUUGGAUACAGGACAGUAAACAAUGAGAAAGAACAGAAAAGACUUGACAUAGAUCUACUAGUACCACGGGAACCAUAUCAAUUCAGCUGGUUGCCAGCUAAAACAGAGCAUCCCAGUAAUAGUUAAAUGACAGUAUUCUGUUUGAAUGACAGCGACACCAAGAGACUAUGCUGAACUGAAGUCUGUAUUCUUUAUAGGCUUUAUUGGCUGUAUAAGUCUUUAAUGAGUACUACCACAGACCGAUUGAUCAACUUGGGGAACACUGGCAUGAUGUCUGAGGGAAAAGCUCUUUGCAGCAAUCAUACAACUUGGAUUGGCACAGCCCAGUCCUCACUACACUUUUCAAAAGAAUUUAUCAUUUGGGUGAGUUGACAUUACAUAGGCCUGUCAUGGUAACUAACUGGUUAAUUUAUAAGAAAAAAAAAGCAAACUAAUAAUAGGCCUUUGCUGUUAGUCCAGCACACCUCUGACUCAGUGAGCUUGAGCGCUGCAUUUCAAAGCGCUAUCCAAUUAGAGGUGGUUAAAUUUUAAUGAUCCGUGAUGUAAAUGUCUUGCCUUUUAUUUUAUUUUCUGUUAACUUUACUGACAAUCAACCACAUCAGGGUGGAAACAUGCUCACUGCCCAGUUUUGGGUCUCCACUGGUUUCUUGGCCACUCUGCACCGUGCAGCACCUGUGCUACCAUUAGCUAGCUAGCGGCACUGCGCAUUCAGCGAUUACAGCUGAUAACGCUGUACAAGUGGCUGAACGCGUUGCUGUGGAAACAUGGUACCCACCCUCUGGUCUCCCCCCAGGUUGCCACGGUGAGUAAGUGGCCUCAUUGUGAGCCAUUUAACCCUUUUUAGCAUUGUUUAAUAUGUUAGCACCACGAGCUGUGUUGACAUUGCUAACGGUGGUAACAGAGCUAACAUAGUCAAUAAUGCUAAAGGAGGGUUUGGGGCUCAUAAAUGAGCUGCUUACUGACUGUGGCGAGCUGGGGGGCGACUGGAGUCUGAGUCAGUGUUUCCACAGCAACGCUGUUGGGCAAGGACGUAACUAGUGGUGGCCAAAUGAGUGGUGCCACUAGCUCCUACCAGACCUGGGUGGUGUGCAAUACAGUAAACUGGAUAGUGGCAAAAUUAACCUAUAGGCAACUUGUGUAACUGGUCAAAAAUAUUUUUGGCGGGUAACAGGUUAAGGGGUGACGGUUGAGAUCUCUAGCAUGGACAUGUUUUGCUGUCAUUUCUCGCAUUGCCUUUGUCCUCUCAUCUUCUCCCUGUGUCAAGGUUUCACCCUCACCAUGGGCUCAGCUCCUCACUCAAUCACACACAUUUGAUUAUGUUUUAUUUAUUUUGAAUAAUGUUAAUAAUUCUUUUUGCAUCCACUCCAAUGGCUGAAUAUUCAGAAGAAUUAAAAGGUUGUUGCUCUUUCAGAGGAUGCACCUACAUUAAUAUACUGUUAAAUUAUCUCUGUAUCAAUGGCAUAAAAUGCUCUUACAAUUACAAUAAUAAUGUUUAAUGCGGUUAUUUCUGGGACAAUAUAUCAUCCACCCAAAAUAGUUAUUGUGACAGGCCUAGUGUGACAGUGUAUUUGUUAAGCAGCCUUAGUCUUUGCAUGGCCAUACAUGCAAAUAAAUCAGCUGGAAACAUAAGGAAGUUGACAGAUAAUUAUAUGGUCUGGACAAACAUAAAGGGGCUGGGGGUAGUCUGCCUUUCCUUUAAGUAGCUCUCCACUUUGUGUACAGUUUGUGAAUCAUUUAAGCUCAUGGCACUCUCCCCUGCACAAAGUGAAUCUGGGUUUUGCACAGUGCAAGCAUUCUGGUGGUGACAGUCCGAGCAUAUUUAGCAGUACUGUGUUCCUGCAAAACAUGAAUCUCUGCAAUCUUGUUAGUCUGAGAAAUCUGCACAUAUUGAAGAAUUCUGAUAUCUUGUGGAGCUGUUGUCGUCACUCUGUGUACCAGAGAACUAAUGUGAAUUCGCCCCAUUUGAAUCUACAUUGUUUGCAGCUGGGCCUCAUGCCAGUGUCCCCUGAAGGCCUGGUCUGUCCCAACAGGAGACUGUUGAUCACUGAUGACACUCCCACAGAGGAGGAGAGGCCAGCCUGAGGCCUGUGGUGUCACUGAGACAGGAUGCUUGUUGAUGUUAUGGAUCUACGACUGGGGCAGUCAGGAAGCACACUUACAUUGUUGCCAGAAAACUGCAAAGGUCUGCUUAUAGCUUGAUGUACUGGAUUUGAAUCAUCAAAGCUUCACUUGCACUAGGCAAAAAUACAUACAAUCUUCAGACUAUGGUUGUAGAUACAUCUUUUUUCCUAAAAUUACUUCCAGGUGCCUGUGUUGUCACUGUUGGGAAAUCAGACCAGGCGCUAGAAGAAAGUGUUGGCAUUGUACGUUUCUGCAAACCACAGGAAUGUUAAAUUUCUGCAUUUCAUACACAUCAUAUCAAUGUUUGUAAAGUGACGUAGUGCAGUAUGAGCUGACUUUGUCAUCUGGAGUUGGAGGGGACGGUUGGUGGUGUGACAGUUAGGUGAGACACCUGCCAAGCUGCAGAUCACUGUUUGACCAACAAACAAACAACCAACCAACAAACAACAAAACCAGUGUCAUCACGUUUUCACCAACUUUUUAGCCACCAUUCCACUGCUGCGAUUCCACCGGGGAUAGUGGCAUGAAAAGUUGUUGUUUUUUUCGCUGAGACAUCUCUGUAUUUAGAGCAGGGAUUGUCCAACCAAAACUGAGUAUUUUAAGCCUAAACUUGAUCUUUUCUGAACCAUUACAGCAUGUUUUUUUGUGCCUAAACCCAACCACACAUUAACACAGUGCUGUUAAAACGUAAAGUUUAAUGUAUGUGAUACAUGAUAAUGUGCAAAUGUAACCUAUCGGUGGUUUGCAGAAUGGUAUAUACAAAGGCAACAUUUAUUCUAGCAAUAUUGUAGUUGCAAAUCCUCUCCCCCUGGAACUAUUAAUGGUUAAACCUCCUUCUCAUUACACUUAAAGGACGUCUGGUUCCUGGUAUUUCAAACUAUGAACAAAUUCAAACAUUUUGCAUUCUUUUUGCUGCCAUUUGAAACUCCUCAGUACAGUGGAGGCAACUCUACACAAUUGUAGAGUUGUGUAGAGUUGCCUCCACUGUAGUAGCUUACUCAGUGUAACUUAGUCAUGAAAGUAUUCAUACAUGACUGUUGAUAAUGUUGAGAUACAUGAAGAUGUAAUCUGGCUACAUGUAAAUUUGCUUCCUGGAGUACCCCUUUUUUUAUUUAUGUUUGUUUACAGUUUUUUUCCUUUUUUUCUUUGGUUGAUUAAUGACUACGCUGAUACACUAAGUGACUAUUGUUUGAGUAGAGUACAGGAUCAAAGCAUUAGUCAAUAGAAUAAUGAAUCAUGUUGAUUCAUGACUUCAGAGCCAAAUUAAAGAGUCAGUUAACUACUAUUUGUUGCUAGUAUUUAGAGUGCUUUCUUUAAGAUAUUACAUUUUCUUUCUAUAGAAAAAAUGGCCAAGCAUCAAAGCACAGUAGUUUCCCUUCAACAUAAAUUGUCCUCUGAUUGAAACAAUACCUUCCAUACAUUCUGAUAAACCUGAGCUGUGUCCCAGAUGGACACAUACCUAUAUAAGGAUUUUUUUGUAGUGCAUUGUACAGCACAACACAAGACAUCGAAGUGGAUUUGAGGUGCACUCUGCACACAGUUAAGAUGUCAGAUUGAUAAACUUGAAGCUGCACUAAUUGAUAUUUUUUUAACAAUGGCGCAAAUGAUGUGUAAUGUGAAAGACAAACCCACUCACAAUUAUGCUGUUCCCCAUGGUUUACAGAGAGUUUUGCCAUCGUUUAGCUGAUUGUUUUAGUUUGUUCCCAGCAGCAGCAGGCAGCUGAGAAAAAAAAAAAA